UUUUCAUUCACAUUCAGUUCAGUUAACUUCGAAACUUUGUCGUGGAAGUACAAAAUCAUGUUUGGAAACACGCUUUUCACCGGCUUCUUUUUCGUCGCACUUUUCUCCAUCGCAUCUUGCACCGAUGACCUAAAAGUUGAUGUGUUAUUCAAACCCGAAAUGUGUGAUGUUAAGUCAAAGCAAGGAGAUACGUUGACUAUGCACUACACUGGUACUUUGACCGAUGGUAGUAAAUUCGAUUCAAGUUUGGACAGAGACCAGGCUUUCACCUUCCAACUCGGCGUCGGCCAGGUCAUCAAAGGAUGGGACCAAGGUCUAGUAGAUAUGUGCGUAGGAGAGAAACGUAAACUUACCAUUCCACCACACCUCGGUUAUGGCGACAAAGGAGCUGGCAAUGUGAUUCCUGGAAAAGCCACACUCAUUUUCGAAGUAGAAUUAAUCAACAUCAGUGAUGCCAAACCUGCAACUGCUAAUGUCUUCAAAGAAAUCGACAGCAACAAAGACAAUCAGCUUAGUCGUGAGGAAGUAAGAGAGUUUUUGAGCGACUACCUCAGAAAACAAAUGGUAGCAGCAGAAGACCAAGUUCCAAGUGACGAAAUGAAGAACAUGUUAGCAGAUCACGACAAAUUAGUAGAAGAAAUCUUCCAACACGAAGAUCAAGACAAAAACGGAUUCAUCUCUCAUGCAGAAUUCUCCGGUCCUAAACACGACGAAUUAUAAAACAAGAUAUACAGAUUUAACAACUAGUAAAUUGUCAUUCCAUAACAAUGCAUUUUUUACCAUGCUCCAUAUUUUUAUACAUCGAGUCAACAAAUUUAACUGUGUAUUUAAGUAGUAGUUACAGUUAUUAGUGCGUUAAUUGUUGGAAAAGAUUAAGUGUCCUACGUACAGUAAGUGCCAUUGUGUCUGGCAUUCUAUACAUACAAUAAUCCAGUCCAGAUAUGUGUUUUAACCUCGAGAUUAAGUACCAAAUUUGUACAACUUUGUCGUGCAU